UAGAAUCCAUAGAGCGCUAGAAUGUGGGGGUUCAUAUGGACGUUAGCUUUGGUUACGACUCUCGUCACAGGGAAGAGCAGCUCCGGGUCGUCCGAGUACCCGACCAAAUCGGGGAUAAAGACAUGGGUAGACCCCGAUACUCCCCGUGAUCGCCAAGUAUACACGAGUUCUCGAGGCCGACAAUGGCAACUGGUCAUGAGCGACGAGUUCAACGUGGCCAACCGCAGCUUUCGACCAGGCGACGACCACAUGUGGACGUCACUUGAUAAACCGGACGGUGUCAAUGGAGCUCUCGAGAUCUACGCACACAACAUGACCAGCACCAAGUGCGACGACGAUGGGACUUGCUACUUUUACAUCGAAGUGGACACGGACAACUAUACCAUUUCUGUAUACAACAUGUAUACGCACCCGCCAGGAUACAUGAACUCGACGUUCUACUAUCGAGCUGCCAUGGUGCAGUCCUGGAACAAAUUCUGUUUCCAAGGAGGCAUGCUAGAGGUGCGAGCUCAGCUACCCGGAGCCGUGUCAACCGCUUCAGGCAACCCCGACCUGGCACUGGGCAAGAAUGGACAAGUGACUGAGACUUCGUAUUACCCGACUUGGCCCGGUAUCUGGAUGAUGGGGAACCUCGGUCGAGCCAUCUUCUCAGGAUCCACCAACCGCAUGUGGCCCUUCUCAUACGAUCGAUGCGAACCCGAGAUCUUCGACCCAAGUAACCAACGAAUCAGCGCUUGUGACGAUGAUCCUGGCUACGGAAUGAACCCGAACCAAGGGCGAGGAGCCCCAGAGAUCGAUCUCCUCGAAGGUGGCGGCUUGGCCAUCUCGUCAUCACUGCAGAUCGCCCCAGGAAUGCCCACGGACUUUCGUCUCUUCCCAGCCGACGCCAAAGGAGUCGAUGCGACCAAUCCGUACUGCGUGUACGCGUACAACUGCAAGACCGACGGAGCAAAUUUGAUCGACGUUCCAACGGACUUUUACGAGCAAGAGCGAGGCCACAAAUCCUGGUACCAAGGUCUCCGAUACGCGGCAAACAACAAUUGCGCCAAGAAGAAAGCCAACGUGCAGAAUUUCGCCACAGUCAACGCGUCUGUCGCUCGUGGGAUUUCUGAAAACUCGUGCACUACCACGACGUGUCCUGCCUCCCUUGAUGUGAACGGAGACUUGGAUUUUAUUGACGGAACCGGUAAAAACUACUGGGGGAUCAACUCGAACGGCACGUGCUUCCCCAUCAUGAACUCGUACAUGGGCGCGUAUCUGUGCGAUCCCGACAACACCAACGCCAGGUGCACCAGUCCUCGGAACUCCACCACGCCAAAGUCGAACGCGAUGGAUACUUUCAACUACCAGAUGGACGCUAUCUCGGCCAAUUGGCCGAUACAUGUCGGCGCGUACACGGGCUAUCUCGUCUACCAGCUGGAAUGGGUCACGGGUGUGAAUGGAUACGCACGCUGGAUGCUUCAGGGCAGUCCUCUAUUCGAAGUGACGGCUGACUCGUUCUCUAACGUGCCUCAGAACUCCAACAGCAGCAACCCCCAAAAGGUCAUGCUAGAGGAGCCAAUGUCGAUCAUCGUUAACGUUGCGCUAUCGAGUUCUUGGGGCACGAAGCCUCCGAACCCUGGUACUGCCUGCAGAGGAGACGGCUCGGACAAGACAGUCAACAAGAUCUGCGAUGAGUUCCCAAUGUUCAUGAAGGUCGACUACAUUCGACUGUACCAGGACAUGGGGGACGACUUGGAAGCUGACAACUACAUGCAAGUGAGCUGCGACCCAGCGAGUCAUCCGACUAAAGAGUGGAUCCAAGGCCACAUCGACGAGUACCAAGACGACGACAACUUGGCGACUGAAGUAAUCGGUAAAGCUUUCUGUACCUCCAAUAGCGACUGCACUGUCGGAGGGAAUUACGCUAGAACCGACUUAAUCACGGGAACGUGUGUCGACUCACGCUGUUCGUGCUCGUAUCCGAAGUCGUGGGGUGGUCCUCGUUGUACUGUGGCCCAAGCAGAGUCCACGUCGUCCAAGGCGUCGACGCGAUUGUACGGCCCGCCCAUCCCGUUAGCGUUGGCAGUAGCUGCCGUCGCUGUCUUCCUAACGUCCAUUUCAGUGUGGAGAGGCGUGUCGGCUGCAGCCAAGAGGAACGCAGCGGUCACCAAGGCGAAUAUGAUGGCGAAGGGCGAUCUAGAAACUCGAGUCGCCGGAAAUCGCAAUAGUAGCGACGUUUCUCACUUGUAG